CAUCUUAUUCAAGUGCCCAGAUCAUUAUUUGGCAAAAAAAAGAAGGGGAGGAGAAGGCUCGGCAGUAGAAUUUGGGUUGCCUGCGCCCUGUAAACGGAGGCUGGCUGAGAGAGGGGAGAGCGGGAGAUGAAAUUAGCAACAUUGGUUGCAAAAACUUAAUAAUACAGCGGGACUGUGGCGUACCACCUACACGCAGUGGUGUGAACGGCCCUGCAUGUGCGGCAGCCUGCACGGUGGAGUGAGGAGGCCAGUCUUUCUCCGGCUGUUGUCUGCUCACUGGAUUGGGUAACAUAGAUUUUUUUCACCCUAGUCAGGCAGCUUGGCUGCUCACCUAAAUACAGAUGAAUGAAGACCCCAUUCGGGAAGACAGCGGGCCAGAGAUCCAGAGCUGAUGCAGGGCACGCAGGUGUUUCUGCAGGUAUGAUGAAGAAGACAAAAAAUUCCCACAAGAAGCACAAGACCAACGUGGGGCCCAGCAAGCCUGUGUCGCAGCCCAGGCGGAACAUCGUGGGCUGCAGGAUACAGCACAACUGGAAGGAGGGCGGCGGCCCCGCCACGCAGUGGAAAGGCACGGUCCUGGACCAGGUCCCCGUCAACCCCUCGCUCUACCUGAUCAAGUACGACGGCUUCGACUGCGUCUACGGCCUGGAGCUCCACAAGGACGACCGGGUGCAAGGCCUCGAGGUCUUACCGGACCGAAUCGCCUCCUCUAGGAUCAGCGACGCCCACCUGGCGGACACCAUGAUAGGCAAGGCCGUGGAGCACAUGUUCGAGACGGAGGACGGGUCCAAGGACGAGUGGCGGGGCAUGGUGCUGGCGCGGGCUCCCAUUAUGAACACGUGGUUUUAUAUCACCUACGAGAAGGACCCCGUUUUAUACAUGUACCAGCUCCUAGACGACUACAAAGAGGGCGACCUUCGAAUAAUGCCCGAUUCGAAUGAUUCGCCCCCUGCGGAACGCGAGCCAGGGGAGGUGGUGGACAGCCUGGUGGGCAAACAGGUGGAGUAUGCCAAAGAAGAUGGCUCCAAAAGAACUGGCAUGGUCAUCCAUCAGGUCGAGGCCAAACCAUCCGUGUAUUUCAUCAAGUUUGACGACGACUUCCAUAUCUACGUCUACGAUUUGGUAAAAACAUCCUAGGCUCUGAACUGAAGCCCAUGGUUUCCUGGAGCCCUAGGACACCACUAGCACAGGGUGCGUGUUCAUUAUUUCCAGAAGAAGGGAGAGCUCUGCACAACUUAAUAGUACACACAUUUUGCAAGAAAAUUGACCCAGAGGAUGCAAUUCUAAAGAUUGUGACCCCCCAAGCAAAGUGAAACUUUAAGGAUUUAUCACAUCUUCCACCGGAAAAUGAAAUUGAUUUUUAAAGUAUUUUAAGACAAAGGCUUAUGCACAUUGCAAAGUAGUCCCAUGCAUCAUUUUGGGCAUGCAAAGCCUUUGGAGAACACAUAUGUUUUUGGAAAAUUGAAAAUGCAAAUAAUUCACACUUGAUUUGGAAAAACAUUUUGAAAAACUUUAAUGUGUUGUCUUUAUUUUUGUAGAGGGAGAAGCAAUUUUGUUGUCAUGAAAAAAAAUCUUCUUUGUUUACUUACAUGCGGAAACGACUGACAAAAUUCAUUGUAGAUGCUUCUUUAAGGCAGUGGGAUCUUUAGCACUAAUUUUCAGUUGAGGUCAUGAGAUUUUUUGUUUUUGUUUUCAUUUGGAGAUAUUAAUAUUGUUUUAAUGUAUUUCAGUAUGAUAUACAAAACAAAACUCCAGCACUGUCUAAAAUGAUACUUUGUUUUUUAUAUGAUUGAAUCCUGUGGCAUUUGUUCAAUAACUAUCAUAAAAUCCAUCUACCAAUUUGAGCUGCUUAUUAUUAUUAUUAUUAUUAUUAUUAUUCACAUUUUUAUCCGAAACAUGAAAAGAAUGAACUUUCAGUAAACACUUCUAUAUUAACGUCAUAAGGCUUCUGUUUAAUAUCUGUAUAACCUCCUAAGGUAUUUACUCUUUAAAUUUCUGUUGGUUCUCCGUGUUCUCAGCUGAGGUCAGCAUCUUUAGCAAAUUGUCACUGUAUGCUCUUGGUUACUUGGCUGCAUAACUGAAAGAGCAUCUUCUUUUAUUUAAGCAGCACUGUAAAGUGCAGACAGUCUUCAGAAUGAUAAACAACAGAAACUUGCCGUGUUUUUUUUUUUUUGUUCUUUGUCCCAGUGUGACCAGAGUAUGCAGUGGGGCAAACUAGGCCCAUUUGUUUUUAAGGAAAUCUGACAAGCCUCUGGACAGUUCCUUGCCUUUUUUCAGUUCUGCCUUUUUGUCUUUGAAUCUGAGCCUAAGAGCUUGUGCCUCAUUACACUAUUGGAUGGUAUUCAAUAUUAGAUGACAGCAAUACAUUUUCUGUGCAUUCCCCUUGCAACUAAAUUCUCUUCAGCCAAAAUGGGUGACCGGAGGCUUCUUUGGAAUGUUACAGUUGCUUAUGGUGUAUCAUAAAACAAAUACAAUUGUGUAUUCGUGAUUGUAACUGACAGUGUUCCUGUGAAUUCAGCUUCCACACGCCUCUUUUUUUUUCUUUUCCUCAGUGAUGCAAAAAUAAAGUGUUUCUGUGCAAAUCUGCAUCCUGAGCCUCAUAAGAUGGUGGACACUACCCAACAGUUUCACAGUAGUCCGUAUCAGUAACAGCUAGUGUCAAGUUUGAGAGUGUUAUAUAUUAUAGUACCUAGCAUUUUAUUUUCUGUCUGGAGCAGAAGGGGGUCCUUAUAUUCUCCAACUGAGCCCAACCCCCAUUUUUGGCAGUGUGUAUUAAAAAGGAUGUUCCUGUUAAAAUAAUAUUGCAAGCCACUCCUGUUCUUCAAAGGAGGGUUAUUGCGCAAUGCAGUUUUGACUCCGUGUAAUUGGGUGUCUGGAAUACUCUGUAUUAUUGGCAGUUUGAAGCUGGUCACAUUUAAGUUCCAUUGACUUCUGUCGUGCAUACUCCUUCCUGUUUAGCAGAUGCCACAAUUAUCCCAAGCACAUGCAAUUAUCAAGUUUUGGUGGCAGAACUUGCGUAUUUAUUCCAUGCACAGAAAGCUGGGACCUACCUAUCUUUUUGAGGUUCAUGAUUCAGAACUAUAAUAAAUGCACUCAUCUCACCCUUGUAACUGAAUGCAAGUGCCCCAUUACACAGGGUCUUAUGCUCAACCUUGGAGGCUUGCUGUCAUGCAUGACACCUCCAGAAAAGACAUGUGUAAAAGUUAUUGGCCUUUCACAUUUACCUACUGUGGUGUUGUACUGUGUUUGAUGUUGGUUCCAUGUUGGACGUUUUAUAAAACAGCAGACCGUUCCUUUUGCAUGCAUAGUAAAGGUAGAGCAGUUAAUGUAAGUUAGUGUGAGCUGCAUGUGAAUCUGUCUUUUGUUUUAUUUUGGGGGAUUUUUUUUUCCUAAAAGAAGAAAAAACUGCUUCUUGUGUAUGCUAAUUGUCAAGUUACUUUUUUUUGUCUGCCUUUCUUAAAAUAAAAAAAAAAACUUUUUUAUUUUAUUUUUAUAUUAUGCUCGAUAGGAUCAAACACACUGGUUUUGCAAGUGGAGUGCCAACUAAAGGGCAGGUUACCAGUGUUAAACAGCAUUUGAGGGAUCAUAUCUUUUGCAAAGAAUACUGCUGUUCUUUGAAAAGACGUAAUAUUUUCUACAUAUAUAUCUUUUGAGUGCCACAGCUGACAGUAUAUACAUACACCUAUGGAUAACGGCCUUAUGUGACUGGGGGGAAAUAUAUCUGUGUAUUGGAGGUAUGUAUUUGUGUGUGCGUGCGUGCUUGUGCGCGCGCUUGUGUGUUGUAGUUACUAGUUCCAUAUCAGAAUAGAUAAUGUACAUUUAAGUAGGAAAAAAAAGAUAUUCUUUUUUUAUUCCUCAAAUUUACAUAAUGAAUUGAAGAGAAUUUUAAAAUGGAAAAUAUGGUCCCUUUAAGAUGCUGUUGCUCUUUUUUAUUUUGUAUAAUGCCGUGCAAUUUGAUGGUUACAGAUUCAUGUAUAGUUAAAACGUCUUCAUGUUCUCUUUUGCGUCUAGGUAAAUUGCUUCAAUUGGACCGCUUGUUCAUUGUUUUGGAACAAUGUAGAUAGUUCAUGUUAUUUGCAUUUAGAAGUAUAAACACACUUUAAACCUGUUACUUAAUUCUGUAAGUAAUUUUUAUAAUUAUUAUGUAAGCCUAUCCUUAUAACAUUUAAAAAAUAAAAAAACUUAAUGUGAACUUA